GUGCCGAUAAUCAAAAAGGUGUGGAUUGCUAGAUUUUGCCCCAAUUUCUCGUCCUUCGCACCGCACGGUGGAGUCCUUCGCGAACAGAACUGUGACGCAACCGCACGUAACCUUGGUAAGAAACCCGCUAUCCCUGGUUCUGAUCGACACAGAAGUUGAAUAGAUCCUUAUCAGCGUCGCGCUCGCAUUUUAUCUCCGCGUGUGCGCUAGUCGUGAUGAGGAGUAAUUACACUCUUGCAACAAUAUUUUCUUGGAAAUUGACUGUCUGCUAGUGCAUGAAAGGAUCCUGUGCAAUUCGCACUACUUUUCUCUGUGGAGAUCCCACCGAGUGCGCGGACGAGGGAUAGAUACGAACGUUAGCAGCCUAACAUGGUCGUCCUCAGCAAGCUAGUCGAAGCUAGCUUUCCAUUUACAUGCUAUGAAAUUGCUCACCCGUGGAAUCCAUCGUGCACAGCUAGCUGGGUAACCCUGUAUGGCAGUACCUUCAAGAAUUCGUUCAAAAUAUACGGUGUCCUUUACCUGGUUGCACAACUUGUCGGCAGGAAAAUCUCCCCUAAAGCAUUUUUGGACACAUUUAGCAGCACAGUUCGAUCAGCAUCUUUCCUCAGCUACAAUGUCUUCUACUUCAUGUUCUUCAUAUGUGCGCUCAGGUGGACUUUUGGUCGGCUAUACCUGCAGAAUUCCACAUUUGUCGCCGGCCUGCUUUCCGGCUUCUUCUCUAUACUUGUUGAACGGCGGAGCAGACGGAGGGUGCUUUCGGUCUACAUGCUUAACCAGUGCUCGGAAAUCAUCUUUAAUAUGCUCGAGAGCCGCAACAAGGUGCGGCGCAUUCCAAAUGGGGAGGUGUAUAUGUUUGCAGUCAGCCUCGCAUUCUUUCUUUUCUUCAUGAGUAUGAAAAGGGAUCUCAGAGACCCCAUCAGUUACGUCUUGAGACACCUCAUGGGCAAGGAAGAAUUCUCCCGCAGUAAUACCACACAAAGCAUAACAGACACGGGUCACUGCAGUUGUCCUCACUCCACAUCUUGCUUGCACAACAUUGCAAAGGGCUUUGCCAUCCCCUUCUUAGCUGGUUACGGCAUCCGAUCGUUGCUGUACCUCGUAUCGAGGCGUGGACCCUUCUGGGAGUCCCUGCGUAAGGCCCUCACCAAUUCCUCGCACCUCGGACAAGGGCUUUUCCUCGGUGGAACCGUCGCCAUCUUUCGGGCGUGCAAAUGUGCACUGAGGCGAAUAAGCGGCCGUGAGCGGGACUGGCAUUCUCUCGUCGGAGGACUCCUUGGUGGCCUGUGCAUGGCUGCCUGUCCAAACAGCAGUCUUGCUCUCUACCUCACCUGGAAGCUAAUAGAGGUGCUCUACUGUCACGCCGCUAGCUUAGGUUACGCUCCGACGGUGCCCCUCGGCUCGGAGAUGCUCUUUGGGUUCAGCUGCGGCGUCAUGAUGUUUUGCGCCGUUGUCGAACCUCACAACAUGCGGUCAUCGUACGCAAAGUUCAUCAAUGAUGUCACAGGAGACAAACUCCGUCAAGUGAAUCGUCACCCGCUGGAAAUCCUUGGCUACCACUGUUCCUCAAUCUAUCCGGACUACUUCCCGCAGCUAGACCACCAUCACGUCUCGAAGACCUUCGUGGAGCGUGUUCUUAUUUGGAGUUAAUACUUGAGGCACAGGUGUGGAGAACAAGUGUCUUGUUUUGCCAGCUGCUGUUCACGAAUCUCAGUUCAUCUGCAGACGCUGAAGCUUCACAUUCCCAGCAGAAGGUAGCUAGGUGCAGAUAAGAUGAUGCAAAGCAACAGGGUUCUAGCGCUGCUUUUUUUUUUCUUCUUCUUCCUCUACGAUGGUUUGAGCUCUCUGUGACUUGAUAAGUUUGUGAGUGCCACUGAAACAGCUUUGUGUACAAAGUCAAAGUAUCGGAAAGCAAAACCUCUAUAUAAAAUACGACCCACGCGUAUACGUAGGUUUCGAAUUGAUACUGUUCCGAAAUACAGGUUGUUCUAGCAGCACUUACAAAGAGAACGUACAACUCAAACUGUGAAUAGAUGAAAUCUCCCUCUCUCUCGAGAGAGAGUGACCACAUCGAGAUUGGUGCACAAUCUAUAUUAUUGUGAUGUGCAAUACGUAUAGGCCUUUUUAUUACGGUUGCAUUUUUGUGAAAAGGGGUAGAAAGUUUACAGUUCCUUUGGUCUUGAAGGAACAGUUACCCCAGUGUCCGUGCACAUUCAGACGCCAUUGUUUACUCGAAACAGAGCGUGUGUAUGGACACGAUACUUAGUAAUUGUCUUCCAGCGCCGUGGUACAUUAGAGUUGUGCAUUAGGAUUGCACCGAAGCAUUUAAGAAAAUAUCUUGUGGCGAUAUUUUUUAUAGUGCAUAAUAUGCCCCUACUUGCUGCAAGUGCUUUGUGAUAUGCGAGACUUUUUCAGUUGCACCAGUACUUCUACAAUAUCAUUCCCAGUCGGUAUUGUGUGUACCAUAAAAUGCUCAAAAUCAGCUCAUCCAAGUACUCACGAUGCAUCUUUUAAUAGUGUCACCAUGCUGCCCGGUAAAUUUGUGCAUACAAAACGUGAGUGUCAACAAUUUUAUAAAACAACCUCAACAAGAUAUAAAAAUAUAUGUCCACAU